UCCACUAUGAGUGUGUGGUGCUAUCACUUCAUUACGUGGAUGGAGCAUAUAAGUAACAGAAGAAGUACUCUUCAAUCUUCAUACCAUUGAUUAUAUCUCCUAACUUAAUUAUACCCGAGAUAACAAAGAAAAUCCGAACAAUGGUGGCUUCAAAUGGUAAUAAUCAAGUUAUUUCCACUCAAUCUGAAUCAAACAACUAUGAUCGAAUGAAGGAAUUGAAGGCGUUCGAUGAAACCAAAGCCGGGGUAAGAGGAUUAGUUGAUGCAGGAAUUAAAGAGGUCCCAAGGAUUUUUAUUUCCCCUCCUAGUGAUGACAUCAAGAAGAAUUUGGAUUCCAACACCGAGUUAGCAAAAGAAUUUAGCAUCCCUGUUAUAGACCUUGGAGACAUUAAGAAAGGGGAUGCUCAUCAGCGCAGAAUGAUCAUUGAUCAAGUCAUAAACUCAUGUGAGAACUUUGGUUUCUUUCAAGUAGUGAACCAUGGUGUUCCCAAAAAUCUUACCGAUGGAAUGCUUGAAAAAGUGCGCUUGUUUCAUGAACAACCUGCUGAAGUUAGAGCAGCCUAUUAUUCACGUAAUCUUAAGGUGAAUUGUGGUUAUGUAAGUAAUUUUGAUCUUUACCAAGCACCAUCUGCUAACUGGAGGGACACUUACUACUGCUCCAUGGCUCCCACACCCCCAAAACCAGAAGAAAUUCCGACGGUUCUAAGGGAUACUUUGAUGGAGUACUCGGGUCACGUAGAAAAAUUAGGAUUGGAGUUGUUCGAGUUAAUCUCGGAGGGUCUGGGAUUGAAGCCGAACUACCUCAAGGAUAUGGAAUGUGCAAAAGGUUGGGCUCUUCUCUGUCACUACUAUCCAGAGUGCCCUCAACCAGAACUCACUAUUGGCACAGCCAAACAUGCCGAUUCAGAUUUUCUCACUAUACUACUACAAGAUAACUACAUCAGUGGUCUUCAAGUACUUCAUGAGAAUCAAUGGGUUGAUGUCCCUCCGGUGCCUGGUGCUCUCAUCGUGAACAUGGGUGAUCUUUUACAGCUUAUAUCCAAUGAUCGUCUAAAGAGUGUGGAGCACCGAGUUCUAGCAAACCUUGAGCAUCCUCGAGUAUCAGUUGCGUGCUUUUUUCAUGGUACCCGUCUUGAACAACCAUCAAGGAAGUAUGGACCGAUCAAGGAGUUGUUGUCGGAAUCUGAUCGUCCUAAAUAUAGAGAAACAACAGUACACGAGUAUAUAACACACUUUCAUGCAAAAGGACUUGACGGAAAAUCUGCCUUAGAUGUAUUCAAGAUUUGAACAACAUCUUAAUGAAUAACUAUGUAUCUUAGUAACCUGCAUUUUAAUCUCAUUUCGGUAAAAUAUUAGUGGUUGCCUACGUAUUGGAAAAUCAUUAUGCUCGGUUCACAGUCGGUUUCUUUUUCUCUUUCUUGAAAUGGAAAAUUAAUGCAAAUAUGAGAACAAACAAAUUAAA